UAAAUUUUAAACUUCAAAAGUAUAUUUUGUGAUGAUUUUGUAAAAUUUUAUUAAUCACCCAAAUAUGUUAAAUAUAUGAUAAUUUAAAUAUUUAUUCCUCGAAGUAAAAUGUGUGGAAUAUUUUGCACUUUUACCGAACAAAAUUGUUCUCAAUGUCUCCUAUUAGAAAACCAUAAAUUAUGUUGUAAAGCUAUUAAUAAUAGAGGACCAGAUUUUCAACGCACCAUAUCAUUAAAUGUGAAUGAUUUGCAUUUUAUUUUUGCUGUUAGUGUAUUAUGGCUCCAAGGAAAGAAUUUAACAGAACAACCAGUACAAACUAAUAAUGGAACAUUUAUGUAUAAUGGUGAUAUAUUUGAUUAUACCAAAGAAAUAUGUGAAUUUGACCCUUCAGAAAGUGACACCCUAACUCUAAUGAGGUUUAUAGAAAGUGAAGGUAUAUAUCAAGCUCUUUCUGUUUGCAAUGGCCCCUUUUCCUUUAUUUAUUUGGAUACGCAGUCUUGUAAAUUACAUUUUGGACGUGAUCAUUUCGGCCGUCGUUCACUUUUAAUUGGAAAAUUAGAUAAUAUGUUCAUAAUUACAAGUUCUGCAAAAAGAAAAUCUAAUUGGGAAUUCAUUGAACUGCCUCCUCUUGGAAUAUUUAGUUAUGACAUAAACGCAAAAAUGUUUGAAUUAACUGCUUGGGAGAAAAAGUCGGAGAAUUUUGAGCAAAAAUUAAAAGAAGUGGAAAGCUUCUUAAACAGUAAUAUUAAUCUCAAAGAUCAACACAAUGAAAAACAGAAAAUAAAUUUCAGAUUGCCAUAUAAGGAAGAGCUUAACAUUUUUGAACAAAUAAAAUCUAAAGAUUUUGAAAGCAAUAUUAGAUUUCUAUUUAGCUUAGAACAAUGGUUUUCUAAAGUAACAUUAUUGGAAAGACUCUUAAGGGAGGCAGUAAGAAAGCGAGUGCAUAUUCAACCAAAAGAAUGUAGCAGUUGUAUUUUUAAAAAGGAGUGUCACCAUGCAUUAACUGGUGUUUUGUUUUCUGGUGGCAUAGAUUGUGCAAUAUUAGCAUUCCUUUGUGAUAAAUUCAGCAGUAAAGAACGCCCUAUUGAUUUAAUAAAUGUCGCUUUUAGUAAAACAAACAACUACAAUACCCCUGAUAGAGAAACUGGAUUAAGUACCCUUGAAGAACUCAAGGAACUGUGUCCUGAUAGGAAAUGGAAUUUUGUGGAAAUAAAUAUUUCUGAAGACAAAUUAAAUGAAAAAAGAAAUCAAGUAAUUGCCGAUUUGAUUUACCCGCUAAACACAGUACUGGAUGAUAGUUUGGGCUGUGCAUUAUGGUUUGCUGCUAGGGGAGAGAAUUCUACAUAUAGGUCAACAUGUAGGGUUUUAUUAGUCGGUAUGGGGGCCGACGAAUUGUUUGGAGGUUACAAGAAACAUAGAAAAGCCUUAAAAACAGAAGGCUGGCUAGGAUUAUUUAAAUCUUUGGAAGAUGACUGGCAAAAUUUACCUCAUCGUAAUUUGGCGAGGGAUGACCGUGUUGUUUCUGAUCAUGGAAGACAAUUGCGAACUCCUUAUUUAGACGAGAAUGUUGUUAAUUUUGUUCGCAAUCUAAAUUGUUGGGAAAGAACGUAUCCUGCGGACGAUGUGCUACAAGGGUUUGGAGAAAAAAUUUUGUUGAGAUGUUUAGCGUACAAACUGGGUUUCCGAAAAGCUGCAUUUCUAAAAAAAAGAGCGUUACAAUUUGGUUCACGAAUAGCAAACAGUAAGGAAAACGCAAGGGAUAUCUCACCAAGACUUGUUUUAUCAUAAAAAUAUUAUUAGAACUGUCCAGUAAUGUAUUUGCCUUAUUUAUAGAAACAAUAUAUAUAUACUUAUGUAAAAAAACUUUACAAGCUGACAAAAUGAUUUUAU